AUGGCGGCUCACAACCACCUCCUUGUUAGAGUUGCCCCAGAUAUCUCUGCUGUGUGUCCUCUGUUAUGGACAGAGUUCAAAGGUCACUGCUACAGAUUCAUCCCCAUCAACAAGAUCUGGGCUAAGACCAACCUACACUGCUUUCAGUUUACUGCCAGUAAGAAAUUUGCCAAGCUGGCCUCCGUUCACAGUUGGGAGAAGAAUGUCUUUGUGUAUGUCCUGGUGAACAGCUGUGUUCCUGACAUACCAGGUGACAUCUGGAUGGGCCUUCAUAACCAUAGGCAGGGGGGGCAGUUUGAAUGGAUCGAUGGUUCCCCUUAUGACUACAAUUACUGGCACAGAAGCCAGCCUGGUGCUGGCACUCAUACAGAUCCAGAAGACAACUGUGUGCAGAUGUGGUACUGGCACAGUUGUGCACUGUGGUCCUGAAACAACAACACCUGCCACAGGAAGUUGCCCUUCGUCUGCAAGAUCCCAUCUCUGAGCAUUCGCUGA